AUGUCACAUAUGAACUCGACAGGAGACGAAAGUGCAUGUACGGACGAAUUAAAAGUGUACAAAGAUGAAGGAGAAGAAGAAGAACAAAAGAAAUCAUCCGAAAAUUUAACUGAAGAUAAAGUUGGUCUAGUAAUAGAAGGAGAAGGACAAACUCCCUUCGACUUCAAUUUCAUCGAGCAUGGAGCCUCACUAUUCAAAGUGCCACAUGGAGCGCCAGCUCCUUCUCCGCAUGCUAAGAGGUCGGGGUUGUCUGUGGAUGGGAUAAUCAAUAAUUCUGCUGCUGCAGCGGCGUCAGCAUCGAAUGCCUACGCUGCGGGAUUGCAAGCUGCAGCUGCGGCAGCCAUCGGCUUGGGGCAACUUGCUGAUCUCUCCGCUGUCUACCGCCAAGCCACUUCUGCCUCCGAUCAGGCGAGUGGAUUCUAUGGAAUGGCGGCCUACGGUCAGCCGAUGUCAAGCCAUUUUGGAAUGGGACCGACAUCUCCAUACACAACUCCAGGAGCAGGUCGUCAUUUCGCAGCAGCCGCAGCAGCCGCAGCGGCGGUUCUUGGAAGCUGCUUCUAUCCCACGCGCUCUCCACCUGAUGCCUCAAACAGCGUUUUCCCAUCGGCUUAUCCUCCCUCACAGCAACCAAGUGUAUCUCAACAGCAGAGCUCCAACGCCCCUCCACAACCACAAAACAGCGCUGCUACUUCCAGCUCGCAGUCUCCAGCGCAACAUUCCACCAACUCCUCCUCUGCUGUAGCUGCGUCGGCGUCGGCUGCCGCUUCUGCUGCUGCCGCAGCUGCCGCAUGGCUAUCGAGUCCUCUAGCCGCUGUUGCCGCCGCUAAUUCACCAUCGUUCACUCCCAAUAUCUUCAAUCACGUUCCGCCACACAAUCGACAGGCAGCAGCUGUACAUUUCCUGACAAGUUUGACAGCAGCUGCAGCGGCUUCUUCUGCAGCCUCUUCUUCCUCUGCAAGCUCGCCUCUACAGCCGCCUUCGGCGUCAGUUAGUGGUCCGAAUCCUACCGGCAUCACUGGAGCUCCUCCAGUGUCGCCUUUCGCCAGUGCUGCAGCCUUCCAUCAUUCGCUCGCUGUGGCCACGAAUGGCGGCGCAGAUAAGCUGGAUAUGGGAGCAGGUAGUCCACAUGCUGCGGCUCUCUCGCUUUUUGCUCUGUCACCAGCAUCACCGGCUGCCGCCGCAGUUGCUGCAUACUGUCAAUCAAAGACCAACAUGCAGUUUGGUUCCUCAAUGCUAAACGCAGGAGACUCCCAGAAUGAUGGAUCUCCUUUAACAUACACUCAACUACAACCAGCUUCUCAGCAGCAGUCACAACAGGACUCUAUGAGUGGUGAUUAUGGAACAGAUCCAAGAUCCUCGCGAUAUCACGCAGAUCCCAACUCAUCAAAGAGGUGUACAAACAAUCGGUCAAGUUCAUUAAGUGGUGCGGGAGGAGGAGGAGGCGACAAGCAUUCUCCUUCGAGAAAGCUCAUGCGAAUUGGAUCAGUAGGUAGCGGUGGAUCUCCAUUAUCCUCAGCAGCAGCGUCAUCAUCCCUGGACCAAUGUUGCUCCCCGGGAUCUCCUCAAACCCUAACUGGUGCUGGUGGGUCACCGUCUAAGACAGGAACAUCGACAUCAGCAUCAGCAUCAUCUCCGGGUCUGACAAUAAACGCAGCAACUUUGGCGCAAUAUCGUCGUGAAAUUACAACUGAAAAUAGUGGAACUGGUGUGCCUACGAAGCGUGUGCAUAUAAAGAAGCCGCUGAAUGCGUUUAUGCUAUUCAUGAAAGAAAUGCGACCCAAAAUUCAGGAGGAAUGCACACUGAAAGAGUCUGCAGCAAUAAACCAAAUUCUUGGCAAAAAGUGGCAUGAGCUGUCUAAGCCAGAACAGUCAAAAUACUACGAGUUAGCGAGGAAAGAGAAGGAAAUUCAUCGACAGCUGUUCCCCAGCUGGUCUGCUCGAGAUAACUAUGCAAUACAUUCGAAGCGUAAACGCAAACGAAAAUUAGCCGCAGCAGUGGCGGCAGCCUCAGCGAUGAAUUCAGGCGGAGGGGAUGGUGGUUCAGGUCGUCGUGACCUUUUCGACGGUGAUGGAUAUUUUGUCGGCGGUGGAAAUGGGAACAAUGGGAGCGGAGGGUCCUUGAAUUCAUCGAAUUCUGCUGCUGCUUUGGCGGCAGCAGCCGCAGCUGGAGUUGAUCUUGGAAACCCCAAAAAGUGUCGUGCUCGGUUCGGUCUUGAACAACAAACCCGGUGGUGUAAACCUUGUAGACGAAAGAAGAAGUGUGUUCGUUUCCUGACUGACGCAGAAUAUGACGAGGCCUUGAAGGCGGGGAGACUUCAGUCUGAACCAUCCUCACCUCAACAACAACAAUCACAGCAAUCUCAACAGAAUACCAACCAAUCCGGAACGAAGGAUCAGUGGAUGUCGGAGGGAAAUCUACUCAACAAAUCUAAUCCCAAGAGUCCAAAUUCUGGAGCUUUCCUAUCGCCGGCACCCUCAUCAUCUAGCACUGGGUUUGUUCCACAACCUCCAGGCGACUUUGUUGGAGCAACAAACCCGUUAGAGGACUAUACCCCCACUACUGGUAUUGGCGGAGGUCCAUUUUCUUAUCCCCACUUCUCUCCAUAUGGUGAUUUCCAGCGUCCUUCUCUAGUACAUUCAACUCUUAGUUUCCUGGAACAACAGACGAGGUCAUCUCUUGGUUUUGGAGCACCUGUACCAAUGCCUUCAACUGUUAAUUCGAUCCCGGUGUCCAUUGGAGGAAAUAACUCAGUACAUCGAGAUGACGAUGACGAUAUGAAAAAUGAGACGCUCUGUGUAUUUGCGACAGAAGCUUCCCCCGCCGGCAGCUGUCAUCAUGACAACGGAGGUGAUGAUGACGAUGAUAUAGAGGGUGACAACUUCCCGCACAUUAAACAAGAGCCGAGUCCUCUAAAUGGUAUGUUCCCUGUGGUCUCAGCAAUAGCUAAUGCAGUAGCGGCGAAUCCUAAGGUCACGGAACCUGUGCAAACACCUUCAGUGACAAGUAGCACAGAGGUCCCCCCAAUUGCCACCACAGUUACAACCAUCCCCUCCGAGAAACGAUCAAUAAUCUUCUCCGCAGCUGCAUUAAGUCGGUGUGAAGAGCCUUUAUCUGGAUCUACGGCAGUAGAAACAGGUACAACUGCCUCCUAG